CCCGCAUACAAAUCCUCCGCCCAAUCCCAACCCGUAAUCCACGCACUCCCCCACUCCAGAUCCGCCCGCCACCGCAAUCCACCACGCCCAGCCCCAAAUCCGCCGCAAGAGCGAGAGGACCGGGCCCGCGCGAUGGCGACGCUCCAGCACCAGCCGAAGCCGGCGGCGGCGCCGUCGACGACCACGGGCGGCGGGCUGCGCGCCAUGGACCUGUACGAGAAGCUGGAGAAGGUGGGCGAGGGCACGUACGGGAAGGUGUACAAGGCCCGGGAGAAGGCGACGGGCCGGAUCGUGGCGCUCAAGAAGACGCGGCUCCCCGAGGACGACGAGGGCGUGCCCCCCACCGCGCUGCGGGAGGUAUCGCUGCUGCGGAUGCUGUCGCGGGACCCGCACGUGGUGCGCCUGCUCGACCUCAAGCAGGGCGUCAACAAGGAGGGCCAGACCAUCCUCUACCUCGUCUUCGAGUACAUGGACACCGACCUCAAGAAGUUCAUCCGGGGGCACCGCGCCAACCACGAGAAGAUCCCCGCGCUCACCGUCAAGAUCCUGAUGUACCAGCUGUGCAAGGGCGUGGCCUUCGUCCACGGCCGCGGGGUGCUGCACCGCGACCUCAAGCCGCACAACCUGCUCAUGGACCGCAAGACCAUGGCGCUCAAGAUCGCCGACCUCGGCCUCAGCCGCGCCAUCACCGUCCCUCUCAAGAAGUAUACCCAUGAGAUCCUGACGCUGUGGUACAGGGCACCCGAGGUUCUGCUUGGCGCCACGCACUACGCCACGCCGGUUGACAUGUGGUCCGUGGGCUGCAUAUUUGCUGAGUUGGUCACUAACAACCCACUAUUCCCCGGGGACUCAGAGUUGCAGCAGCUCCUGCACAUCUUCAAGCUGCUUGGCACUCCGAAUGAGCAGGUGUGGCCAGGCGUCGGCAAGCUGCCUAACUGGCACGAGUACCCGCAGUGGAAGCCAACGAAGCUGUCCACUCUUGUCCCCGGUCUCGACGAAGACGGCUACGACCUGCUUGGGAAAAUGCUCGAGUACGAGCCGGCGAGGCGGAUCUCUGCGAAGAUGGCCCUGGAGCACCCGUACUUCAACUGUGUGGACAAGGAGAAGUGCCUUCAUGAGUUGGCAUGAAGGUGCAGCCGCUUUAAUAACCUAUUCUUGGCCUGGUUGGUGUGUUCAUGAGUUGGCAUGCGAAGAUUGCCCUGAAGCAGUGCUUUUGCUUCCAGGAUAGUAGUAAGUAGUGAUAGUAGAGUAUGUCUGUUUUCUAGUACCUGCUUUCCUGUGUGCUGUGGCAUUCACUUUGGUUGCGAUGGAUAAACUAGAAAGAGUUUCAGCAUAAAGUGAACUGGUAUUGACGAGUUCUUUUUUUUUUCGAACACUUAUUCUGUUAAGAGCAAGCACUUGUGUUGA